CAAGCAUAUUUAUCAUUCCUUUGGACACUCUAUUACAUAUAAGAAGAAUUAUCAUCGCAGGCAGAUACACUUUUCUCCAUCUUGGGCAAUCAUGAAGACUCUUGUACUCUGCCUGCUUGUUACCGUGGCAUUGGCCACUCCAUCCCGGAAACCCACCUUCCGUCGGGGACUGAACAGGAUUGUUGGCGGUGAGGACACUCUUCACGGCGAGAUUCAGUACCAGCUUAGCCUUCAAGACACUUCGUAUACUGAGCCAUGGCACUUCUGUGGUGGUACUCUUUAUAAUGACCACUGGGGCAUCACUGCUUGUCACUGUCUACAGUAUGAUGUGGCUAAUCCAGGGAUUGUCCAGGCUGUGGCAGGUGAAUACUAUCUGGAGGUGAAUGAUGGUUCCGAGCAGCCACGAAAACUGGAUGAGAUCAUCCUCCAUCCACAUUUUGACAGUGUAUUACUCAUUAACGACGUCGCCCUCAUUCACUUUCCGGAAGCAAUGGUUUAUGACGAGUACGUUAAUCCCAUAGGUCUUCAAGAAGAAAAAAACCUUGUAGGCGUUGAUUGCACUGUUACGGGAUGGGGAGCUUUGUCAGAGGGAGGAAGUGCUGCUACAAUUCUACAGAAGGUUCAUGUUCCUACUGUGUCUGAUGAAGAAUGUAGAACAUCUUACACUGGUAUUGAGGAUUCCAUGAUCUGUGCUGGAUAUCCUGAGGGAGGAAAGGACGCCUGCCAGGGGGACUCUGGUGGUCCUAUGGUGUGCAAGGGAUACCUUACAGGCAUUGUGUCUUGGGGUUAUGGCUGUGCGCGCCCCAAUUACCCAGGAGUCUACACGGAAGUGGCCUACUUUGUGGAUUGGAUUACUGCCAAUACAGUAUGAACUGUAUAGCAUUGCCAUCAUAAAAGUAUAACACGUUAAAUAAAAAUUAUUACAAG